AACUGUGAUUCACGCGUGUGACGCACCAGGGGUGCUCCAUGCGGCCUGUCUUGACUGGCACUGGUUCUGCCUUGUGUUGCGUUAUUGUGUUGGGAGUCCGGGUCGGUUCUGAGACAGGUUCUCACGGGUUCCGUUCCAGGGUCUGCUUCGACCUAGGCUGCUCCGUCACUCUGCCCUGGCAAAAAAAGCAUUACUUCCUGACUGCUGUGAUUCGCUGAGAUUGUCAGAGAAGUUGGACGCGCGCCAUUGUCGAGUGACUGAGCAGAUCAUUGACACCCAUCGCCUCACUAGACAAACCCUCUUGGCUGGCUAAUGAGCUCCAGGAGAGGUGAGGCGGGCAUUCUCCCCCAGAGCCUGUCGGUCCUGUCCAGCCAGUUAGCAGAGAAAGGGAGAGAACUGAGGGGAAACAGAGGGAGGGACCAAUUAAUGGGGAGAAGAGAGUCAGGAAGCCAGGUACAGGACAGGGACAGAGCACUUGACACCUAGAGAGAAAAGAUGAUCGCCUGAGCGACAUGGACACGGUGAAAACCAGCCAUCCCUCCAAGGCACCUAACCAGAACACAGGAAAUGGUGUCCUUCCCCUGGAGGAUAUGACCUCCAACAACCAGAGGAUGGAUGCCCGGCCAGACACGUCAAACGAGGGAGAUAGAGAUGCUGAAGUGGAGUUGGAUGGAGUCAUGCCAGCUGCAGAUGUACUCAAUGACCACCAGGUGGCGCUAGACAAGCACAGAUCCAACACUGUGGGCCCACAGAAGAAACACAGGCAGAAGGUUGUGGAUUUUGGAACUGUAAGCAAGGCAUCGGCUGUCAGUGUCAAACCCAGAACACCGCUGAUCCAGAGCCUGUUCGCACAAGGAACAUCUGACAAGACUACACUCACCGAGGAUCGUGCAUCUCUAGAGGGGCUGAAACAGGCUCUGGAGUCCUAUGCAGUACCUGGAGAUCUGACCUGGAGAUGGGAAGAAGAAAAGACAGCCAACACACUGGAAGACAACUGGACAGAACUAGUGCAUUCUCACUGGAUGAUGUCAAAGACACAGAGGCACCAGCAGGAGGCGCUGUGGGAGUUUAUGCACACUGAACUCACGUACAUCAACAAGAUUUCCAUCAUCACCGACGUGAGGUUUCUUUUUGAAAGGCUUAGCACUAAUCAUAUUUACAUCAAGACUUAUAAAAGUAAAACUCACACACUGCACACAUCUGCAGAAAGGGUGGAAAAUAAGCUCAGGGUCACGACAGAAAAACUAUUCUCGAACCUUUCAUCCAUUCUUGCUGCUCACCAACGGUUUUGGCAAGAAGUGAUGCGUCCCAUGCUACAGAUGGCCCGACAGACGGGGCGCCCAUUUGACCCCCUGAUGCUGGAGCCUGGCUGCUUGCAGUGGGUGGAGACACAUCCGCAGUGUUCUCGCAUGCGAUUGGGCGACAUGCAGGCGAAGCCACACCAGAGGAUCACUAAGUACCCUCUGCUGCUGAAGGCCAUCCUGAAAACCACAGAGGACCCUGAGACUCAGGACUCCCUCAAGAGGAUGCUGUCCAGCAUAAACAACUUUGUGGACAACAUCGACAAUCACCUGAAACAGAGACACGAGGAGCUGGCCUUGUUUCAGUGCGCCCAGAGAAUAGAGGGGUUUGAUAUGAUGGAAGGAAUGAGUGAAGAAAUCGACAAGCAUGUCAGGGAGUUCUGCCAGUUUGAUUUGAUGAGUCCUGUCCGGGGGGCGGACCCUGAAGUCAUCCGCAAGCUUCUAUUGGAGGACACCGUCAAGAUUAGAGGAAGAAAAGACAGCAGGGCUGAAGCUCUGCUUCUGCUCUUCACUGAUGUGGUGCUGGUGACCAAAGGCCACAGGAGGUCAGAGAAGCUGAAGGUGGUGCGCCCCCCACUGUCCCUGGACAGAACACGCUGCUCUGCCCUCAAAGACGGCUACUCGUUUGUCCUGGUUGACGUGAGUGAUCUGAGUUGUGCUGUGAGUGUGUAUGCUGUCUCCACCUCCAGCCCCGAGUGCUGCUCAAUUUGGGUUUCUGCAAUACAAAGUGCCCAGGAAUCUUUAAGGAUGCUGAGAGGGAGUAGAGUGAGUGAAGGCCCAGAGGUUGUUCAGAUGGACACAUUGGAGUCAGACUCCAUGGUGCAGCAGGAGCAAUCACAGGCCAGUCACAGCCCUGCAUUGGAUAACAUUGCUGUCAGUCCAAUGGAGAGCCAAUCAGAGGAAAGGAUUACACCUCAGCAGUUAACAGAGGAAAUUACAUUAGUAAAAAACACAGAUACAGUGUUACCGGGAAAACGGUGCAAGUUUAGUGACUCACGCAGCAAAUCAGUAUAUGCCAAUCUUGGACAGCCAGUGAGAAAGGGACAAAGUAAUCCAAGGGCAGGGAUGCUGACACAUCCAGGCUCACGGAAGAACAGCGAGGGCCAGCUGGCGGGCUUGACUGAGAUUUUCGUGCCUGGCAUUCAGGAGAGGAGGGUCACCUGGAGUCAGUCACGUCAAACAGCGUCGAACACCCCUCAUACUUUGCUGUUGAGUGGAUACGCUGAAGAGGCGAUCAUACCCAGUGAAUCAGCACCCAGCACUUUCUCAGUGAUCACUGAAUACGUCAGUGUUGAGCCUGACCUCAGCCAGUCAGACAACCUCUGGGUAAAGUCAACUCAGAGAUCAGUCAGAUCCGACCAAUCAGACCAGUCGGAGGAAAAACAAUCAAGACGCGACUCAUGGUACAGCCAAUCAGGUGAGGAUGAGUCUUUGAUUGAGUUGCGGAGGUUUUCGCGUAAACUGAAGUCUCCACGGCUACCAAGGAGGCGACCAAUAAGCAUCGAGCCGAACGUCCCACAUCAGACAUCACGCCGUGCAUCGGAGGAUUCUGGUCGUGCUCCAAGACACAAGAACACAAACUCCUCAUCGAACUCGGACUCGGACAGCAGCAACCGUCGGCCUGGAAAACCCUCCCACCGCGUGCUCAAGCUGAGCUCCCUCAAUAAGAACCGAGGCGUGUUCUGGAACGUGGAGGAACAGCCCAGGCUGUCCCCUGAACUGCACACGUUCUCAGACCCAGAACUGCCCAAGAGAGUGCCUAAUCAAAAACCUCAUAAACCUCCAAUGAAGACCCAGAGGAGCUUGUCCACCCCAGAUAUGAUGUACCAGGGACCUCCACACCAGUAUCCACCUCAAAAGCACCCUAGGCCACCGCCCGUGCCCUCCCCGCCACCACGCGACUUCCAGCUCAAGGACUCUCCUCUGCAGAGCCUCCUGGAGCGUGCAAAAGAGCGAGGGAAGGAGCGAGAGGGUGUGAAAAAAGGUGACAGGAGGAAAGAAAAGCCCACUGCAACUUCCACCCCCUCUCCGUUGCCCAGCGAUUGGGACCGAGAGACAGAGGGGGAGGAGGUGGACUUCACCAGGCUUCAGGUGACCAGGCUCUCCCACGGGUGGCGGGAGGGAAAUGUGGACGGAAGCGAUGACGAGAGGAAGAGCAGGUGAGAUCAGAUCAACAUAGUAUAGAGCUUUAUGAAUGAACAGGAUAUGUAAUAUAUGAAUGAUGUGAAACUACCGGAAUGAACAUAUGGAACUACAUGAAUGAAUAUGAUAUAGAACUGUGAGACAGUUGGAGUCUUCAGUUGGACUCUGUAGGAGUUGUACUUGCAGGUUUCUAGGGUAACAUAAGUCAGUUUCAGUAAGCUGCACGAUGUAAGCUGCAGAAAUCAUCAGUAAACCAAUAUAUGUCAGCAUCCAGUACAGGCUAGGAAAGGUAAGCUGCAGAAAUCAU